AUGGCCAAAGAGAGUUUUAGAGUUAGAGUUUGUUGCUUUUUUAAUUGCAAUUUACUACUAUUUGUUUUCUACUUGUUCUUUAUUUUUUUUUUUAUUUGGCUUAGAAAGAUCAAUGAUUAUGGAUGGGACACUGCUGGAUUAUCUGCUGACCCAGAGGCAUUUGCCAAGAACAGGGCUCUUGAGGUGAUUCAUGGAAGAUGGGCUAUGCUAGGAGCACUAGGAUGCAUCACACCAGAAGUACUUGAAAAAUGGGUGAGAGUUGACUUCAAAGAACCAGUUUGGUUCAAAGCAGGAUCACAAAUAUUCUCAGAAGGUGGACUUGACUACUUAGGAAACCCAAACCUUGUUCAUGCACAAAGCAUCUUAGCAUGUUUGUUGAUUGAAUGCAAGAUGAAGAUGAAUCCCUGGGCAUGUUGCUUCUUGAAUUUGUGGCUUUGUAAUAUCUAUUAGUAGGUGUUAUUAAAAAUGACUCCGAUCUGAAGUCAUAAACCAUGCAGUCAUUUAUUGUAAUAUAUUAUAUAAUAUAGUUAGUUGUAGAGUCAAAUUAAACAAUUAGUAGGUGUUUAUUAUCUAAUUAGUUGUAACCAAAACUUAACAGGGUUAUAUGUUUAUUAUCUCAACAAGUGGUUUGUUGAGUAUUUUAUGUUACUUGUUAUUUA